AUGCCUCGUCAAAGUUGUGUUUUAGUGAUAUUGAUGAUCUUCGUCGUUUCGUUCAAUGAAGCGACCGGACGAAGUUUGGAUCGUUCGCGUCGGGAUGCGGUGGCAGAUGGCAUCGAGGUGGAGCUGUCCGCUUCUGGGGAGCAAAACCGUGCCGCAAUUCCGGUGAUCAGCGACAUUCAGCGUGUGGAGAAAAUAGCCGAUCUGCUGAUUUCCAUCGGCGAACACGUCAUACCAGCACUGUUGGACGGUUUGGCCGAGCAGGUAACGGCGGCUACACCGGAACGAAGGCUACUGCACCACGUCGACAAAAUGGCGGCUCCAGAGCAAACGUUGUAG